AUGGCUAUCGUUGAUAACGGUCCUGCUAAACGCGAUAAUAUAAGCAAACGAUUUCAAGAGGCUGGUGAUUUGAUUGGUGAUCCAUUUGAAAUAUCAACAGUCAGAAAAGAAGAUUUCGAUUUUAUCAAAGAUAAAGGCGAAGUAGCAGAUAUUUUGCAAUGCAAUAAUUCAGCAAGUAGUGCUACAUCACGUGGACAUCAAUUUCCGGUAGCAUUUCUUAUUCAAGUAUCCGGUUUAGAUAAACAUGGCUCUGAUUCUGAUCAACCGUUACGUUAUUCUCACUUGGAUAUCGCGGGAAGUGCAGGUGAUUUACCAAAUAAUCCAACUGGUCGACCCAUUCCAAGUCUAUGUGAAAUGUUUAUUAGCAAUAAAAUAUAA